AUGGUGCAACCCAGAAACCCAAAGCUCCAUGCUUUUACUCUUCUUCUGGUUGUGGUGUCGGUCAAUGGAGAAAAGUAUAUACCGGCCGUGGGCGACCCAGGGAUGAGAAGGGAUGGACUGAGAGUGGCAAUAGAGGCAUGGAACCAGUGCAAUGAGGUUGGAGAAGAAACUCCAAACAUGGGAAGUCCAAGAGCUGCUGAUUGCUUUGAUGUAUUUUCUCACCUUCUUUCUCUUUGCUCUGUAAUAGAUUCUGCAGGGGGGAAAAGCUGCUCCCUCUGCAACUCAAUUCCAUACAUGCUAGUCCACAGAGUUACAGAGGAAGAAAACAAGCUUGGCUUGGGACAACCUUUCUUAGGAGCUCAGCCAGAGGCACUGACGGAUGUAGACUUAUUUGCUGCAAAGAAAGAGCUUUAUUUGGGAUCGAAAUGUCAGGUUGAAGACACUCCCAAUCCCUGGCAGUUCUGGAUGAUAAUGCUUAAGAAUGGCAACAUGGAUUCGUAUGCGGCUAGGUGCCCCAAAAAUGGCCAGAAAGUCGGGCCAUAUGGCCCCGAUGCUAGGUUCCCGUGCUUCGGCCAAGGCUGCAUGAACCAGCCAUUGAUUUAUCACGAAUAUACCACAUUGCAAGGGCCUAAUAGAUCUACACUCGAGGGGAAGUUCUUUGGAUCAUGGGACUUGGAUGCUGAUCUAAGUGGAGGAAUGGUGCAGAAUUUUUCUUACUAUUCUGUCACCUGGAGGAAGGAAGUUGGGAAAGGAAGUUGGGUUUUUCAUCAUGUCUUGAGGACUUCAACCAAGUAUCCGUGGCUGAUGCUUUACUUGAGAUCCGAUGCCACGACUGGUUUCUCUGCCGGGUACCACUAUGAAACCCGGGGUAUGCUAAAAACUAUCCCAGAAUCACCAAACUUCAAGGUGAGAUUCGCCUUGAAUGUGAUCAAAGGUGGGGGUCCUAGAAGCCAGUUCUACUUGAUGGACAUAGGAGGCUGCUGGAAGAACAACGGUUCGCCCUGUGAUGGCAAUGUAACUUCUGACGUGACACGAUACAGCGAGAUGAUCCUGAAUCCAGAAACGCCUUCAUGGUGCCGUCCUGACAACCUCGGGUCCUGCCCGCCCUAUCAUACGUUCCCAGAUGGGAGCCGGGUUCAUCGCAGUGACACAGCCAAGUUCCCUUAUGAGGCCUACCACUUGUAUUGCUCACCUGGAAACGGGGCGCAUCUAGAGGAGCCAAACAAUCUGUGUGAUCCAUUCAGCAAUCCCCAACCUCAAGAAAUCCUGCAAAUUCUGCCACACCCAGCUUGGGGUGACUAUGGAUAUCCAACUGAGAAAGGGGAGGGUUGGAUUGGAAACCCUACAACAUGGGAGCUCGAUGUGGGGAGAUUAUCUCAAUCCCUCUACUUUUACCAGGAUCCAGGAACUCUACCGGCUAGGAGGCAAUGGACAUCAGUUAAUUUGGGAACAGAAAUUUACAAAGACCCUGACCAAGUUGCAGAAUGGACUGUCAGUGAUUUUGAUAUUUUUGUACUCCAACAAUGAAGUAAAGAUGAUUUUUGCUAAACGAAAUUCAGGAACCAAUAAAGCGAAACUUUGCAGCCAUGGUUUUCUGCAACGGGCCUAAUUUUCUUCAUCCUUCACUCUCUAGCUCAUUUUCAUGAAUAGAUUCUGGAAUUGAGAGUUGCAUCCAGAGAAGGGAAAUAUCAUGGCUCUCCUGGACGGCCAAGAUUCUUAUUUUGAAGAAGUGAGAAUUUUAGGUCUUUAGAUCAUUGUUAUUUUCAGUAGUAACGACUUGAAUGAUUCCCAUAUAAGGACAACUUUGCCGGGAAAUUCCCUUUAGAUCUGAAAACAAAUGCCACAAGUUGCCAUGAGCUUGUAGUAGCUGUCAAGUUAGCAUCUACAUGAUGUGACGGUCAUAGGAAAUUUGUUUGACCCAAAAAGUUUAAGGUAAUAUAAGAACACUUCAUAUGGAAGGACUACAA